AACCCAAGCCUGCCUCGAUUUCUGCGUAUGAGAUACGCGAGCCGAGCUCGAACACGUAUGCCAUCACGUGGAGGCAGGGCGUGUGACCGCAAAAACGCAAAUAUUUCCACUCCCGCCAGGGCCCAAAAAUUAAAUCCAAAAACGACGCAAAUAAUUCCCUCCCACUGUAUCACUCUUCCCCAACAAGUUUUUCGAAAAUCUCCAUUUUCCUCUUUCAAAAAUCUCUCUAACUUUAUCCUCUCCAUUAGCUAAACUCGAUUCUUUUAUGGAAACCGCUUCUCCUUCCAAGACGUUUCUUGGCGUCCGUUUUGUUCUCUUUGGUUUCGAUCCAAUCAACCUACGCCAGGUUAGAGCAAAGCUCAUUGAUGGCGGUGGAGUUGAUGCUGGUCAGUACAAUGAAAAUUGUACUCAUGUAAUUGUGGAUAAAAUUGUUUAUAAUGAUCCAAUAUGUAUUGCUGCAAGAAAUGAUCGGAAGACACUUGUCACAGGAUUAUGGGUUGACCAUAGUUAUGAUAUUGGCCUGGUGGUUGAUGCUACUUCUAUUAUGUAUAGACCUCUUAGGGAUUUGAACGGAAUUCCAGGUGCUAAAAGUUUAAUUAUGUGUUUAACUGGAUACCAAAGACAAGAUCGAGAUGACAUUAUGACUAUGGUUAGCUUGAUGGGGGCACAAUUUUCUAAGCCAUUAGUGGCAAACAAAGUUACUCAUCUUAUAUGCUAUAAAUUUGAAGGUGAGAAGUAUGAGCUUGCCAAUAAGUUAAAGAAAAUAAAGCUUGUAAACCAUCGCUGGUUGGAAGAUUGUUUAAGGGAUUGGGAACUUCUUCCAGAAGAUAAUUAUAGCAAGAGUGGCUAUGAGUUGGAGAUGAUGGAGGCUGAAGCAAAAGAUUCUGAGGAGGAUACUGGCGAGACCAUUGAUAAGCAACCAAGUCGCAAAAUGGAAAAUAAGAGUCCUCACUUGAAAAUUGGAACCCCCAAACCCUGUCAACUAUCCAGAUCAACUGUGGAAGUGCCAAAUAUGUCGCACAAUUUAAAUGAGCCAGAAGGUUUUCCAAGUGUUGCAAAUAUGAAGGGUAUUUUGAUAACUCCUAGUGGCAAGAACAGAGAUAAUCAUGCAUCGGGUUUUGAUAGCAAUUGCAUUCCUGCAGUGCCUGCAUGUCAGGAUGCCAGAACCUCCAUUGGUACUUCUGUUGGAUUACCUAAUCCACAAGAGAGAACUCCUAAUCCUAGAAAUGGGGAUAAUGACUUGGAAACUGUUUCUAGAAGUGCUGAAAGGCCUUAUUUGGGUACAAAGUUUAGUGGUAUGGGUUACACAAGGAACACCUCACAGAAAUCCCCAUCAUCAGUUUUCUCAGGAGAAUCCAGCUAUAAUAGAGGCUCUUCUAAAAUGCAAUUGGGUGAAUCUAUCAAUAUUUCUACUUCCAGAGUUGAAUAUGCUAAUGAUGUACUUAAAUCUAGUCGUUCUGAAGAUCUGCAGAAAGGAAGUGAGCUAUUUUAUAAUGAAGCAUCAAGCAGUAAAAAGCAAAAGAUGAAUGUUUCAUGUUCUAACCUUGGAUAUCAGAAUGUGAAUAAUGAAGCCAAGUUAAACAUGGAAAGAAGUCCAUCAGUUAGUGGCAAAACCCAAGGAUUGGAACCAGUAUCUUUGGUAGAUGGUACCAAUAGCCUCACAGCCCCUCGCAAUCAUGAUUGCUUUAGGGAUGAUAUAGUCAGCACUGAUGCUGCAAAGAAGUUGCAUGUUGAUGUUUCAACAGCCAAACUAUCAAAAUUAGAAAAGGAACCAAUCCCACAAGGUCAGCUAUUCUCUGAAAAUGCAACCCCAGGGCCUGGGCAAUAUAAGAUUGUGAAUGAAAGGACACCACAAACAUCCUUUAAGGGAUUGAUGAAGUCCAGUUCUGCUAGCAAGAGUAAAGGUGGAGAUUUUGAAGUUGAAAAAUCUGAAUAUGUAGUUGCAGAGGCUGGACGCCCCUGUCAUCAGCAGCAGGAUAAACAGGAUCCAUCGCCCUCUAACGGAAAAUCAGAGAUGGAGAAAUCUCGGACUAUUUCUAGUAUGGAAGAGCUUCAGGAGGGAACUGGCAACCUAAUUAGCAAGCCAGGUAGGAAGAAGACAAUUGCCAAGAGGACUUUAGGUUCUGGACCAAAGUCGAAAAAUACAUCUAACCGAAAAGGCUUUAUUGCUUUAAAUAAAGCUGCUGCUCAAAAUGAUCCUGCAGUUGAUCUGUCUGGAGAGAGGGCAAACUAUGAGAAGUCCUCCAAUGCCAAUGAGCUUCAAAGAUCUACUGAAACUGUCAAUGUAACUGGAGUUAAGGAGGCGGAGACUGUAGUUAGUGCAAAGCCUAAUGAGAGUGAAACUAAUUAUAUGGAUGAAGAAACUGAGGCUCUAGAGGAUAAAGAUGGGCAUGAGGAUGUCCUUGAUGAUGAGAAGGCAGGGAUGGUUGAUUUGCCACAUCAAGCAGAUAAUAUGAUGGAAAUUGAACAAGAGGGGGCUCAACGCAUAAUAAAUAAUGUUGCCGGUGUCAUGGAUGAUUGUUCCAGGGAAGAGACGGAUACAACUCACCUGCAGCAAAAAGAAACCUGUCAAGAAAGUGGUGUGAAAGGUAAAGUGAGUAAAGGAAGAAAGCAGGCAUCUGGUAAGACCAAGAAAGAGACGGUACCUCUUGUCUCUAAAAAAGCAGAAUCCGAAAGUGCUAUGAAAAAGGAGAAAGGUAAGCGUUGUUCUGCAGGUCACUCUAAGAGCAGACUUGUAUCCGGGAAACACUCGGAGAGCUCAAUGGAAGUGGAAAAGGAGAAUAACCCAAUCACUGAUGAAGAUCAAAAUAUAAGUGAAGCCAAAGUCCAUGAUGGAAAAGGAGCUAAAUUAGAUAAAGUCUCAAUGAAGAUUAAGCAGAAGUCUAGGACGAGCAAUUCUAAUUAUACUUCAGCAGAAAUCCUAAAACAUAUGAAAACUGAACCAGUAUGGUUUAUAUUGAGUGGACAUAGGUUACAGAGAAAGGAGUUUCAGCAAGUUAUUAGGCGCUUGAAAGGAAAAUUUUGCAGAGAUUCUCAUCAGUGGUCGUACCAGGCAACACAUUUCAUAGCUCCGGAUCCAAUUCGUCGGACGGAAAAGCUUUUUGCUGCUGCAGCCUCUGGAAGGUGGAUUCUGAAGACUGAUUACCUUACUGCUUGUAGUCAAGCAGGAAGGUUCUUGGAAGAGGAUCCGUAUGAGUGGCAUAAGAAUGGCCUCAGUGAAGAUGGUGCAAUUAAUUUAGAAGCCCCAAGAAAGUGGCGGCUUUUACGAGAAAAAACUGGUCAUGGUGCCUUUUACGGCAUGCGUAUCAUCAUCUAUGGAGAAUGCAUUGCACCGCCUUUGGAUACUCUGAAACGUGUUGUAAAGGCUGGUGAUGGGACGAUUUUAGCAACAUCUCCUCCUUACACCCGGUUCCUCACAUCUGGUGUUGACUAUGCCAUUAUCAGCCCAGGAAUGCCACGUCUUGAUAUGUGGGUGCAAGAGUUUUUACGACAUGAGAUACCCUGCAUUGCGGCUGAUUACUUGGUGGAGUAUGUCUGCAAGCCUGGAUAUUCUCUCGAUAGACAUGUGCUAUACAAUAACCAUGCUUGGGCUGAGAAGUCAUUUGCUAAACUCUUGAGCAAAGCAGAAGAAGUUGUGGAGGAUUUAACACCAUCAGAUGAUUGUAGGAGUAGUAAUGAUAUAGCCUGCGAAGUUUGCAGUUCACGUGACAGAGGAGAUGUUAUGCUGAUAUGUGGCGAUGAAAGUGGUUCUGUUGGGUGUGGAGUAGGUAUGCACGUAGACUGCUGCGAUCCUCCUCUUAACAAUAUUCCGGAGGCGGAUUGGUUUUGUUCCAAUUGUAGCCGAAGCCGUAACAGCAAAAAUUCUAAGAGGAGAACAGGGACUUCUCCAUUAAAGACAAAGUGAUGUUUUAUUCCUCUUAUUUCUCUUCAGCUGUGGCCAAACCAUGUACAAUUUGUUAUACUUGGUCUCAGAUGAAUGUGAUUUUUCUUUUUUGAUAGAAGCAAAGACUUCUCUGCUCCCACGUAGUUUAUAUUCCAGGUGUAGGAUAUAGAGUAGGCAAAGAACUUUUGCUUUUGUAAAAAUUUCCUUCCUAGAAACUAGAAUGGUAUAUUAACCCCAGUAAAAGUAAAUGUUUAGAUUUUCUUCAAGGAAAUAAAAUUCCAGCUUCUGAAA